AUGGCGGCCUCGGAGGCGGCAGCGGCGGGUCCCGCGGCUGUGGCGGCGUCCCCCGCCGUCCCGGCGGCGCGAGGGGCCGCCGCCGCCGCCUCCUCGGGCUGGGGCCCCGGGAGCCCGGCUGAGGGCAGCCGGCCGCGCCCGGCGGCGGCGAUGCGGCGGCCCGCGGCCCCGGCGCCGCCGGCCCGGGAGCUGAUCCAGCCGUCGGUGAGCGAGCUGUCGCGGCCCGUGCGCACCAACAUCCUGUGCACCGUGCGCGGCUGCGGCAAGAUCCUGCCCAACAGCCCCGCGCUCAACAUGCACCUGGUCAAGAGCCACCGCCUGCAGGACGGCAUAGUAAAUCCAACAAUAAGAAAAGAUUUGAAAACCGUACCGAAAUUCUACUGUUGUCCAAUCGAAGGAUGCCCUAGAGGCCCCGACAGACCGUUUUCUCAGUUUUCUCUCGUAAAACAGCACUUUAUGAAAAUGCACGCCGAGAAGAAGCAUAAAUGCAGUAAGUGCAGCAAUUCGUAUGGCACGGAGUGGGACUUGAAGAGGCACGCGGAGGACUGCGGCAAGACCUUCCAGUGCACGUGUGGCUGUCCCUACGCUAGCAGAACCGCACUGCAGUCCCACAUCUACCGAACUGGCCACGAGAUCCCUGCAGAACACAGGGAUCCGCCUAGUAAGAAAAGGAAAAUGGAAAACUGCCUGCAAAACCAGAAGUUGUCCAAUAAGACCGUUGAAUCAUUGGGCAGCCAACCAAUCUCUAGACCAGACACUCAAGAACUAGAAGCUUUAGAAAUAAAGCUAGAAGCACCUUUCGAGGAUUCCUGCGGCUCUAAUGCCAGAGAGCAGACACUUACCACGCCUCCGAAAUAUCCUCAGAAGUUGCUUUUACCAAAGCCCAACGUGGCUUUGAUUAAACUACCGGUGAUGCAGUUUUCUCCCAUGCCUGUCUUUGUGCCUACAGCCGACUCCUCGGCCCAGCCUGUGGUGUUAGGUGUGGAUCAGGGCUCUGCCACGGGGGCUGUCCACUUGCUGCCCUUGUCGAUAGGAACCUUGAUCCUCGGCCUAGAUUCAGAGACUUACUCCCUUAAGGAGAGCCUACCUCUUUACAAGAUUGAGCCAGUUAGUACAAGUGUUCAAGUGAACUUGGGUAAAAGUCCAUCCACUCCUUUACAAGAACUUGGGAACACAUGUCAGAAGAACAGCAUUUCUUCAACCAAUGUACAGACAGAUCUGUCUUAUGCCUCAGAAAACCUUAUACCUUCUACACAGUGGGCUAGCCCUGAUUCCUCUGUGUCGUCUUGUUCCCAGACUGACUUGUCAUUUGAUUCUCAAGUGUCCCUUCCCAUAAGCGUUCACACUCAGACGUUUUUGCCGAGCUCUAAGGUAACUUCGUCUAUUGCUGCUCAGACUGAUGCGUUUACAGACGUUUGUUUCCAGUCAGGUGGGAUCUCCAGAGAGACUCAAACCAACGGGAUGCGGAGUCCGACCGAUGACCCCAUGCAGAUGGACCAAGCUGGGAUGUGCGGAGACAUUUUUGAGAGUGUUCAUUCAUCGUACAGUGUUGCUACUGACAAUAUCAUAAGCAGCAGUUUAGUAGCAGAGACAGUAACUCAUGGUUUGUUGCCUCAGAACGACCCUAAGACUUUAAAUCAAGAUAUUGAGAAAUCUGCACCGAUUAUAAACUUCAGCGCACAGAAUGGUAUGCUUCCUUCACAGAACAUGACGGAUAAUCAGACCCAAACCAUGGAUUUAUUAAGUGAUUUAGAAAACAUCUUGUCAAAUAAUCUGCCUGGUCAGACGCUGGAUAAUCGUAGUCUUUUGUCUGACACGAAUCCUGGACCUGACACCCAGCUCCCAUCUGGCCCAACCCAGAACCCCGGAAUAGAUUUUGAUAUUGAAGAGUUCUUUUCAGCUUCAAAUAUCCAGACUCAAACUGAAGAGAGUGAACUUAGCACCAUCAACACCGAACCAGUCUUGGAAUCACUGGACAUAGAGACGCAAACUGACUUCUUACUCGCUGAUACCUCUGCUCCGUCCUAUGGGUGCAGGGGAAGUUCUAACUUCUUAGGCCUUGAGAUGUUUGACACGCAGACACAGACAGACUUAAACUUCUUUUUAGACAGUAGCCCUCAUCUGCCUCUGGGAAAUAUUCUGAAACACUCCAGCUUUUCCAUGAGUACUGAUUCGUCUGACACAGAGACCCAAACUGAAGGAAUUUGCACUGCUAAAAACAUACUUGCUCUAGAAAGCAAAGUUCAGUUGAACAGCGCAGAAACACAGACCAUGAGUUCUGGUUUUGAAACCCUGGGGAGCUUGUUCUUCACCAGCAAUGAAACUCAGACAGCAAUGGAUGACUUUCUCCUGGCUGAUUUGGCCUGGAACACGAUGGAGUCUCAGUUCAGCUCUGUAGAGACCCAGACGUGUGCUGAACUGCACAGAGUCUCCAACUUCUAAAACUGGAGUCCGUGUAUGGGAUGGCGUUUACCAUUUCUUUCUGGAUUUGGAAAAUGGGGAACAGGGACAGCAGUAUUAAUUCUGUUGAAUGUAGUCGAUGAUGCAGUUGAUUCGAUUCUUUGCAGUUCUUGCCUUUUGUACUUGUAAACAUGAAAUGUGUGUAUAAAUGUGAGUGUAUUAUAAAGUGUAAGAUGUUGAUCUAAAAAUAAUUGUUUUUGUGUUGCCUACAUUUGCCCUUUUACAGCUAGUCUUUCCAUCUUUGAAAAAAAAAUGUAUUUCACACCUAUAAAACCUAUAUAGCCAUUUAGCUGAAGCCAAGCUUACCAGGUACUAGAGUAUAAACUUCUCGAAUCUUCAAAACAUUUUAGUCGCGUGUAACGUACUUAACUUAAAUUGCGUAUAAAAUAUUAUUGACAGUGCUUGUUAGAAAUUCCUGUUUCUUGAUAGUAAUAUCUAAAAAAUCUGAUGCUGCCACCAUCAGAUUUAAACAACAGUGCUUCUGUGGUUUUACACUCUUGCUGCCUGCAGCUGCUUCUACUUUGACAUCUCUUUUUCUGAUUUGAAAACACCAAGGAAAGCUACAGCUGUCUUUAGCUUUUUAGGUAGUUUUCAUGUAGCCAGUGCUAUCCCUUCUCUACAUGAGCUUUUAUUGACACAAAUGUUAGUGUGUGGUACUUUCCUCAUAAGAGGUUUGUUGCUGUAAAAUUACUGCCUCAAGAAAGCAGCAAGCCUAGUGUAAAUAAUGACCCUGCUAAAUAAGACUAAGUCAUCCAAACCGUGGAAACACAGGGUUGCCUAUUAGUUCGUCCCACACUUUGCACUUCUACUAAGCUUGAUAGGGCAAGGGUGUAAUAUACAAUUUUAAAGUGAAUUUUUCUUCCAUCUGCCACUUGUUAUCUUUUCCUUGAAUAAGAAAAGACAUUGGUCUAGCAAGGAUACUGUUUGUGCCUUGAGGCUAGCAAUUAUAGAAUAGAUCCGUCUAAAAUAUGGUAUUCUGCGUUUUGUUUCUUUAUUUUUUAAAAGAGACUAAUACCACAGUCUUCAUCAAAGAAAACAAAGGUGAACCUAUUGUUUCAAUAAGAACAUUUACUGUGUUUUCAGAUGGGAGCACGAUCAAGUAUGCUUUGGGGGUUUUCUGUAUUUGGGAAAUCCUGAAUUUUUAAUUGUUGGCCAACUUUCAGGCAGGUAAGCAUCAGUGCAGCCUGUAAGUUCUCUAAGUUUACAAAAAAAAAAAAAAGCACAUGUGUGCUGCUGACGGCUAACUCCUCAAAAUAAAACUGAAGAAGGGGACUAAUGAUUCAUUAAAGCAAAUUGAUGAUUUUGCUAUUAAUUCCUAUCCCAUACAUCUGAUACAAAAGAAGUGUUGGUAAUGGAUAAAUAACAUAUCCUAGGCAGAUGAAUUCAACCUAGUAGAUAAAAGUUUGCUUUGGUCACAGUUGCCUAUGAACAUGGGUUUCAAAACAAACAUAAAGCCUUAACUUAGAAUUUCAUUAUGUUUUAGAACUGUCACUGCCUUAAUGUUCAAACAUCUAUUUAAGUUUUCCAAAUAAAGGAGAAAUGCAUGUUUGUGGCUUUUUGUAAAUAUAUGUGCAGUGAUCUAUGGCUUUAAAAAAAUUUUUUUUGUUUCUGUGACAGUGUUUGUUAAUCCAUCCAAUAUAUUUGCAGAAAAAAGGAGCAUGUGAUAGUCUUCCAUGUACAAGACCUGUUUCCCCUUCAAAACCUUAGUUAACCUGAACUGAUUAUUUGUAAAAACUGAAAUGCAGUGAUUAAAGAAAAGAUAGAA